GCGGGGCAUGUCGGAAUACAGGCGGGGAAAGAAGUGCCUUUCUGUGCCAAACAGUUUCAUCUUCCAGCUGCCGAGUGCUCCUCUCCCGUCAGUGUGUGUGUUUACAGUGAGUGAGUGUGUGUAAGUGUGUGUGAGUGUGUGAGUGUAGCUGUGUUAAUGAUGGACUACAGCCUCCCGCUGCACAUCGCGAACUUCAGCACGCUGUUCGUGUGCUCGGUGCUCAAGUUCCCGCAGAUGUGGGUUCUCUUCCGCGCCAAAUCCGCGGCGGGGGUCAGUCUGAACAGUCUGCUGCUGGAGCUCGUGGGGUUCAUAGUGUUCGUCUCCUACCAGAUGUACUACAACUACCCUCCUCCUACAUACCUGGAAUACCCCAUCCUCAUCACACAAGACGUCAUCCUGCUGCUUCUGAUCCUGCACUACAAUGGAAACAUGAAGCAUGGCCUUAUCUAUGCAGCAGUGUUUGUAGGUGGCUGGAAGCUACUCACCCUCGAGAAGUGGAUCAUUGACUUGGCCAUGAGUCUGUGUACGUUUAUCAGUGCGGGCAGUAAACUGGCACAGCUGCAGUGUUUGUGGAGAUCUAAGAACUCAGGACAGGUCAGCACUCUCACCUGGGGUUUGGCCUCCUACACAUGCAUGGCAAGAAUCUUCACUACUCUGGUGACAACUGGAGACACUCAGGUUCUCAUCCGCUUCGUUGCCAUGACGAUCCUGAACUUGUGGGUGACGUUCACUGUGAUCUACUACAAACCCAGCGCCAAGAAACAGGACUGAGAUGCAGACGUUUGUGGGACUAUUUUAGCUUCAUUACUUCACCUUCAUAUUUGGACCUUCUUGUACUUUUACUGACCAAAAUGCUUCACACUGCUCCUACACCUCCAGUGUAGGGUGAUUGAACUCACCCAAAAUUACCCAAAGACCACCUGAAUCAGGUGUGAUUUUUACCCUUCACCUCGAUUGUAACACAAGGUGGCAGUAUAUAAGAUCAGCCUAUUUUUUUUAUAUAUAUUUUUUUUUUACCUACAUUCAUUGGCCAUUUUACCAAAAACACAAGAUUUUCAAUUUAGGUACUUUUUGUAGGUGUAAAGUUACAAACUGUAGUUUAUUUAUUGCUCUUCAUUGGAAAGAGAACACAGCUUUUUUGGCCACUUUAUUAGAAACAUUUGCUUUAAAAUUGCUUUGAUUUGUAGAUACACUCAGACUGUGAGUGCUUAUUCAUAAAUAAUAUAUCAUGUUGUGGGUGGUGAAGGUGGGAUACAGACUGUAACUGUACAUCUGUAAAGUGCAACCAUACGGUAGGUGUUUCUGAUAAAUUGGCCAACGUGUUUAGGUUGACACAACUGGAAGUUCAGAGCAGCAUAUGUUUUCAACCCACAUCUGGUAUUAAAUGAAGAAAGACAUUAGUUUCAAAUUAUUGCCUGUUAUUACCUCUAUAGCCCCAUUUGGAUGGGAUUAGUUUUGCCUUAGGCCAUUAGCUGGGGUUAUGUUCCAACAUUAAUUAAUUAUGCACAUUUAGUACAUGUAAACUGCAAACAAAAAUGAAAGAAAAAAAAAGAUGGCUUUCAAUUAUAUUGCAAUAUCACAAUAUGGAGAAUUUUACACCACAAUAUAGCACACCCCUGGUACCAAUUCUGUUAUAUCCUGUAGAAAAAGUGUUUUUGCAUCUUUUCUGAUGUGAGGAGGUGUUUAGUUUUGUUAAACAUAGCACAGAGACCUUGGCUCGUUCAGGUCGGAGGCAAACCUCAGGUGUUACAAUUGACAUACAAACCUCAAAUCUAGGAGACGAGCCAAAGAACCCCUCGAAGGUGCGACACUUCUAUAGGUGUAAAAUAGACAUAAGUGUUCUAAACGUGUAGCAGCACACAUUUUUUUUUUUUUUUUUUUUUUUUUUUUUACUGUGAAUGGGUUGUAAGAUUUGUUAACAUCUUAUUUUUGGAAGAUUUUGGUUGUUCAUAAAUCGAGUAGCCACUCCCAACUUAGUCAUUUAUAGUGAGUUUUUUUUUAUUAUGUGCAAAUUAUUUGUUUAUAGAAAUUCUCCAGGUAAAACUAGUCCCAUCCGAACAGGGCUUAAGACAUAAAGAUAGCAUGAAGAUAGAUUUAGCUUUUGAAGGUGUUAGAUGAAUUGCCAGUUCUUUGAACAUGGAUUAAAUCUAAUGCAAAUUUAUAUACUGAAUAUAUUUGAGCAGAACUACAAGCCCAAUUUCACAUACAUGCUGUACAUUUAUGUGCCUUAAAUGAACACUGCAGAAGUACAGUACCACAUUUUUAGAACAUAUAGGGUCUAGACUAACUAGAGUAUUUAGUCUAGUCUUAGGCUUAACCAGGGUGUAGUGUAUGUAGUUUUAGUUAGUUGACUAUUAGUUGUCUCAGGGUUCCUCUGUAUUUAAUAUCCAGUUUUGUUGUUAUUCUUUAACAACAACUGUAUCAUCUUUUAAUAGCAUUACACUGUGAAAUCCCUUUCACGUUCAGACAGAAAAAACGUAUGCCAUGUCUUAGGGAAAUCUUUAGACUGAGUAUGAAGUUUAUUUUUUUUGUGUCUGUGUUCUGUAAACGAGGUUAUAAGCUCCGUAGCUCUCGUAUAUUUCCAUUUUUACGGUUUCUCUGCUCUUCUGUCUGCUCUUUUCAGUUUCCCUCCCCUGUGAGUGCUCGUUAGAAAGGGAAGCUUCUUUUUAGACAUAAACAGUCAUAACCGUUCACACCAUAUGCACCUAGAGAAAGUAUAACUCAGAUAGGCCUACAUAAAGUCACUGUAAAGUAGCCUGCUCACUGUCAUUCCUCAGCUUUUUCUGCUCUGCUCCACCUUAUAUUAAAUUCUAUAAGAUCUGUAUGGUUGCGAUUAUACGAUGAAGUUUUAGGGCCAAUCCCAAAAAUAAAUAAAGACAGUUCACUUUUUUAAUAUUACGAGAUUAAAGUCGAAAUACUAUGACUUUAAUUUUGUAAAAUAACGACUUUAUUCUCGAAGUAAACUAUUUUUUUUUUUAAGAGUGUCCCUAAAACGCUGUCGUAUACUCAGCAUGUUGAUCCAAACAUAAGCUUUGUGUUCUUCUCUGAACACAGAUAAGUAAAGCUGUUCUGCUGCUGUCCUGAUGCUCAUUUGUUUGGUCUGCAGCUAUAAAAACGUGGCUCUGAUUGGUUAGCCUGGUUUUAAAACAUAGUGGAGCUCUAAUGAAAAAUGUAUGCAAUAUUAAACUCAUUGGGCCUUACCAUUUUAAGGGUUGGUUUCCCACAGGAGGUUGUGUCCUACACUACACAUCUUUUAAUGGAGAAUCUCCAUACACAGUGAUGUAUAGUUCAGGAUUAAGCUAAAUCCCUGUCUGGUAAACCAACUAUGUGUGUGUUUACCUGCAUUAAAAAAAACAUUAAUCCAAUGUAAACAGAGUACUUCCAUUUCUUAGGUCUAGAAAUCUAAUCCAAGACUGGAAUUUAAGAGCAGUAAUCAGAUUUCUCAGUAUAAGUAUUCUUCUAACUGAAGUUUUCAUUUAAUAAUUUAGAAUUAUUACAUUAACUGUAAUUUAAUUAAUGAAUUAACAUUUGUUUUUGAGAAUAGUACUAGUGUUGUGCUGUAACUGGUGGCCAGACACUUCCAUCAAGCUACAUUCCAAUGAGUUCUUUUAUGCAGAAUCUAGGCCUAAAAUAUUAAAGAUGAUUCUCAGAUUAUUAUGCAACGGUUCACCUUGUGGAGUGUGUAGCAAGCUGUUUUUCACUGUAAAUCAUUCCAUUGUUCCUAGACUGGUGCAAUGGCACAUGUGGACAGAGUUUAUUGUAUACUGACAUGCCACAUGUCAUGGGACAGGAAGUAGUGUCCAGUCUGUUUCAUGAUUUUUGUCAUGUCCCAGGUAGGCUAAAUAAUGCUGCACUGACCUGUGGAAUCUUAAGGUGUGUGUGUUCUCAGGGUGUCCCAGGGUAAAACACCUUACAGUUAAUAUGUUACAUAUGAUUAUCCCAUGACUUCUGGCAUGUCAGUUUGUUUACAGUUCACAUGGAAAGAUGAACACUUUAUUUCUUCUGUAUGUUUCUCUUCAGUUUAGACGGUAUUGAUUCAGGUGAUACAAAACCUGCUUUUACCAGGAACAAAGGGACCAAAUGGAGAUUUUUUUUUAAUACUUGUUUUUUGGUUUAUGCAACAAUGAUCAUACUUUACCAAACAAGACUUUUCCAGACACUGUCUGGCUCUGGAAUGUGAAUGAGAAAGAACAGUAUCUUAUUAGGUCUGAAGUUGGGUUGUGUGUCUAAAUGUUUGGAUCUUCCAUACAGCUAUAAUGUAAUAAGUUUACUAAUCAGGAUUUACAUAUGAAGUGUUUUGGACCAAUAAAAUAUUCAGGUUUCCUUGACAAAGAUUGAA